AGAAGGGAGAAAGAGGUGGGCAGUUCUGACGGGUGUGUAGCUGCAUUCUUUGCUUCCUAGUUUGGUCGAAGAACACACUCUGUAUUUAAAUGUAUUCUGCUAACAUCAGGUUUCGACUCAGAACUUGUGGACUGUCAGGGAGGUAGCAGCCUCGGCCCUUGUUAGUAAGCCAUCCGUGCUGUUUUGGAAAGAAGUAAGGUUUAGACUUCUCCAUGUUAACCAUGAGCGUGACACUUUCCCCCCUGAGGUCACAGGACCUGGAUCCCAUGGCUACUGAUGCUUCACCCAUGGCCAUCAACUUGACACCCACUGUGGAGCAGGGUGAGGGAGAAGAAGUGAUGAAGGAUAUAGAUUCUGACCAGCAGUAUGAAAAACCACCCCCAUUGCAUACAGGGGCCGACUGGAAGAUCGUCCUCCACUUACCCGAAAUUGAGACCUGGCUCCGGAUGACCUCAGAGAGGGUCCGGGACCUAACCUACUCAGUCCAGCAGGACUCGGACAGCAAGCAUGUGGACGUGCAUCUAGUUCAGCUAAAGGAUAUUUGUGAAGAUAUUUCUGAUCAUGUUGAGCAAAUCCAUGCCCUCCUUGAAACAGAGUUCUCCCUGAAGCUGCUGUCCUACUCCGUCAACGUCAUUGUGGACAUCCACGCGGUGCAGCUCCUCUGGCACCAGCUCCGUGUCUCAGUGCUGGUCCUGCGGGAGCGCAUUCUGCAAGGUCUGCAGGACGCCAAUGGCAACUACACCAGACAGACAGACAUUCUGCAAGCUUUCUCUGAAGAGACAAAGGAGGGCCGCCUGGAUGCUCUGACAGAAGUGGAUGACUCAGGACAGUUAACUAUCAAAUGCUCUCAAAAUUACUUGUCUCUGGAUUGUGGUAUUACUGCUUUCGAACUGUCUGACUACAGUCCAAGUGAGGAUUUACUCAGUGGCCUGGGUGAUAUGACCUCUAGCCAGGUCAAAACCAAAACUUUUGACUCUUGGAGCUACAGUGAGAUGGAAAAGGAGUUCCCCGAGCUCAUCCGAAGUGUUGGGUUACUUACGGUGGCUACUGACCCCAUCCCUUCCAACUUCAGCGAAGCAGUUAAUGAGGAGACGUCUCAAGUAUCUCUCUCAGCAGAUGACAGAGGUGGAGAUGAGGAAAACAAUGCGUCCACAGGUGAGGAGGAACCAGGCUUAACGCAGGGGCCGCCAUCUUCAGGGGAAGCUCUGCCAAAUGCUGUUCAACCCUCUUCUGAGACUAUGAAGCAAGAGUCUGGCUACCCUUCUCAACUUGGGGCAAAGAAUGAACAGCCUCUUCCUUAUGAAAAUGCAACCCCUAAGCGAUCCAUCAGAGAUUGCUUUAAUUAUAAUGAGGACUCUCCCACACAGCCCACGCUGCCAAAAAGAGGGCUUUUCCUUAAAGAGGAGACUUUUAAGAAUAAUCUGAAAGGCACAAGUGGAAAGAAGCAGAUGGUGGCUCUCAAGCCUGAGAUGAGCAGAAGCACCCCUUCCCUGGUGGAUCCUCUUGACAGAUCCAAGCUUUGCCUAGUGUUGCAGUCUUCUUACCCCAAUAGCUCUUCUGCUGCCAGCCAGUCCUAUGAGUGUUUGCACAAGGUCGGGGACGGGAAUCUUGAAAACACAAUCAAAAGGCACAUUAAGGAAAUCUCCUCCAGCCUGGGGAGGCUUAACAACUGCCAUAAAGAGAAACUUCAACUUAAAAAGCCACAGAAGCCUGCAGAAGAGGUGUCUCCAUGCCAAACACCUAAAUGGGAGCCCAGUUCAGGCAAGCAAGCCGAAAACACCAGAAGCUCAGUAGUGCCGAAUGGAAUUCCUUCUGGUACUUCCAAGGCCGUAGCGGGGCCAGAAACAGAUUCGGCUUCCACAUCCUCAGUGGAGCCAUGUCAUCAGAGAAGCUGGAAUGCCAAAUUACCAGUGCAGUCAGAAACAUCUAGUUCACCACCUUUUACUCAAAGCAGCGAAUCUUCUGUUGGCUCAGACGACAUCACGUCUCCGGGAUCCAUCCUUUCAGAACACAAAAGCAAAAAAUGUUACUCCUCCUCCCCAAGUCAUGUCACCAGGAAUGGUCAGGUUGUGGAGGCCUGGUAUGGCUCUGAUGAAUACCUAGCGCUGCCCUCUCACCUUAAGCAGACAGAAGUAUUAGCUUUGAAGUUGGAAAACCUAACAAAGCUUCUGCCUCAGAAACCCAGAGGAGAAACCAUUCAAAAUAUUGAUGACUGGGAACUGUCUGAAAUGAAUUCAGAUUCUGAGAUCUACCCAACGUACCAUGUCAAGAAGAAGCAUACGAGGCUAGGCAGGGUGUCACCAAGCUCCUCCAGUGACAUAGCCUCUUCACUAGGGGAGAGCGUUGAAUCUGGCCCCCUGAGUGACAUUCUUUCUGACGAGGAGCUGUAUAUGCCUCUCUCUGGCAUGAAAAAAUACAUUGAUGAGAAGUCAGAGAGAGCUUCCUCCUCUGAGAAGAAUGAGAGUCAUUCCACUACAAAGUCUGCUUUAAUUCAGAAACUGAUGCAAGAUAUUCAACACCAAGACAACUAUGAAGCCAUAUGGGAAAAAAUAGAGGGGUUUGUAAACAAGCUGGAUGAAUUUAUUCAAUGGUUGAACGAAGCCAUGGAAACCACUGAGAAUUGGACACCACCUAAAGCAGAGACGGAUGGCCUUAAACUGUACCUGGAGACACACUUGAGUUUUAAGUUGAAUGUCGACAGUCAUUGUGCUCUCAAGGAAGCUGUAGAGGAGGAAGGACACCAACUUCUCGAGCUUAUUGCAUCUCACAAAGCAGAAGGACUGAAGGACAUGCUGCGGAUGAUUGCAAGUCAAUGGAAGGAGCUGCAGAAGCAAAUCAAACGGCAACACAGCUGGAUUCUCAGGGCCCUGGAUACCAUCAAAGCCGAGAUUCUGGCUACUGAUGUGUCUGUGGAGGGUGAGGAAGGGACUGGAAGCCCCAAGGCUGAGGUUCAACUAUGCUACCUGGAAGCACAAAGAGAUGCUGUGGAGCAGAUGUCCCUCAAGCUGUACAGCGAGCAGUACACCAGCAGCAGCAAGAGGAAAGAAGAGUUUGCUGAUAUGUCAAAAGUUCAUUCAGUAGGAGGCAAUGGGCUUCUGGACUUUGAUUCCGAAUAUCAGGAGCUCUGGGAUUGGCUGAUUGACAUGGAGUCCCUCGUGAUGGACAGCCACGACCUGAUGAUGUCAGAGGAGCAGCAGCAGCAUCUUUACAAGAGAUACAGCGUGGAAAUGUCCAUCAGGGACCUGAAAAAGACGGAGCUGCUUAGUAAGGUUGAAGCUUUGAAGAAAGGUGGCGUUUUACUACCAAAUGAUCUCCUUGAAAAAGUGGAUUCAAUUAAUGAAAAAUGGGAACUGCUUGGGAAAACCCUAGGAGAGAAGCUCCAGGACACAAUGGCAGGGCCCAGUGGGUCGGGCCCACGUGACCUGCUCUCUCCUGAAAGCGGAAGCCUGGUGGGGCAGCUGGAGGUCAGGAUCAAAGAACUGAAAGGGUGGCUGAGAGAUACAGAGCUUUUCAUCUUCAAUUCCUGUCUGAGACAAGAAAAGGAAGGAACAAUGAAUGCUGAGAAACAACUGCAAUACUUUAAGUCCCUCUGUCGUGAAAUCAAGCAGCGACGUCGCGGAGUGGCCUCUGUCCUGCGAUUAUGCCAACAUCUUCUGGAUGACCGGGAGACCUGCAAUCUGAACGCAGACCACCAGCCCAUGCAGCUGAUCAUUGUAAAUCUUGAAAGAAGGUGGGAAGCCAUUGUCAUGCAAGCCGUCCAAUGGCAAACGCGACUACAAAAGAAGAUGGGAAAGGAAUCUGAGACUUUGAAUGUGAUUGAUCCUGGCUUGAUGGACCUAAACGGGACAAGUGAGGAUGCCCUGGAAUGGGAUGAAACUGACAUAAGCAACAAGUUAAUUAGUUUGAAUGAAGAACCAAAUGACCUUGAGCAAGAAUCCCAACCUUCCUUAAAGCUUGAAGAGGCAGGUAGUGAGGACCCUGGUUAUGAAGAAGAGGCAGGCGACCAGGGGGCAUCUCAGUAUGCAUCAAGUAUUACUGCUCCCUCCAGUCCACACAUCUACCAGGUGUACAGCCUCCACAAUGUUGAACUCUAUGAAGACAACCACAUCCCUUUCCUGAUAAACAGUCCAAAUUUCUCUGGCAUGACACAGCCUAAUGUUUUAACGAAGAGUCUCAGUAAAGACUCUUCAUUUUCAUCUACCAAAUCUUUGCCGGAUCUUCUAGGGGGUACCAGUUUGGUAAAGCCCUGCCCAUGCCACGGAGGAGAUAUGGGCCAAAAUUCAGGCAGUGAGAGUGGAAUUGUCAGUGAAGGAGACACUGAAACCACCACAAACUCUGAAAUGUGCUUGCUCAAUGUGGUGGGUGAGUCCCCGAGUAACCCUGAAACUGAACAUCUGGACCCACAAACAGGAGAUGCAGUUAACGUGUUAAAGCAGAAAUUUAAAGAUGAGGAGGAACGCAUUAAGCUUCCCAAGAGCUCUCAGUUAUCCAUUUCAACAGUGGGUUGUGUAAAUGGAAAAGUUGGAGAUUUAAACAGUGUUACCAGACAUACCCCUGAUUGUUUGGGAGAAGAAUUACAAGGAAAACAUGAUGUGUUUACAUUUUAUGAUUACUCUUACCUUCAAGGCUCAAAACUCAAAUUACCAAUGAUAAUGAAACAGUCACAAAGUGAAAAAGCACAUGUGGAGGAUCCCCUGCUCCAUGGUUUUUAUUUUGAUAAAAAAUCCUGCAAAUCUAAACACCAGGCUACAGAGUUACAACCAGAUGCCCCUUCCCAUGAAAGGAUUUUGGCAAGUGCGUCCCAUGAAAUGGAUCGAAAUUCAUAUAAAAGUGGUGAUGUAGAGAAGACAUUCAGUGGCGUGCAGAGUGCCAGACAGCUCUCUCUUUUACCUCAUAGUUCGUCUAUUGAGUCCCUUUCUCCAGGGGGUGAUUUAUUUGGAUUGGGCAUCUUUAAAAACGGCAGUGACAGCCUCCAGAGAAGCACUUCUUUAGAAAGUUGGUUGACAUCCUAUAAAAGCAAUGAAGAUCUUUUUAGCUGUCACAGCUCUGGGGACAUAAGCGUGAGCAGUGGCUCAGUUGGUGAACUGAGUAAAAGAACAUUAGAUCUCCUGAAUCGUUUGGAGAAUAUCCAGAGCCCGUCGGAGCAGAAGAUAAAGCGAAGUGUUUCCGAUAUCACUCUUCAAAGCAGUUCCCAAAAGAUGGCCUUUACUGGCCAGCUGUCAUUGGACAUAGCAUCUUCUAUUAAUGAAGAUUCGCCAGCAUCUCUCACAGAACUUAGCAGCAGUGAUGAGCUCUCUCUUUGCUCAGAAGAUAUUGUGUUACACAAGAGCAAGAUCCCGGAAUCGAAUGCAUCAUUCAGGAAGCGCCUGACACGUUCGGUGGCCGAUGAAAGUGAUGUCAAUGUCAGCAUGAUCGUUAAUGUCUCCUGCACCUCCGCUUGCACUGAUGAUGAAGACGACAGUGACCUCCUCUCCAGCUCUACCCUCACCUUGACAGAAGAAGAGCUAUGCAUCAAAGAUGAGGAUGAUGACUCCAGUAUUGCAACAGAUGAUGAAAUUUAUGAAGAAUGCAACUUGAUGUCAGGGCUGGACUACAUAAAGAAUGAACUGCAGACCUGGAUUAGACCAAAGUUUUCCUUGACAAGAGAUAAGAGAAGAUGUAAUCUCAGUGAUGAAAUAAAAGGCAGUAAGGAUGUAAGUAGUAGUGAGAUGACCAACUCCUCUGAUACCCUGAACAUUGAAGCCCUUCUAAAUGGCUCCAUAAAACGUCUCUCUGAAAAUAACGGAAAUGGGAAGAAUUUAUCCCACACCCAUGAGUUAGGGACAAAGGGUGAAAAUAAGAAAAAUAUUUUCAGAGUGAAUAAAGACCCUUAUGCGGCAGACAUGGAAAAUGGCAAUAUUGAAAGUGCGCCAGAAAGGCAGAAGGACAAACUGAAUGAGAUUGCAAAGGAACGUGAAAAUCUUGGUUCAACUGGGGAAAGGAUUUCAGAGAGUGAGCAUUGUAAGUGCAAAGCAUUUAUGGAUAGCUCAGGUGAUUCAAAUAUUGCUGGAAAGGAAUUUGUUCCCCAGACUGUUAGACAUCUUCCAAAGAAAUGUCAAGACCACCACCAUUUUGAAAAUCAAAGUGCUGCUUCUACUCCCACUGAGAAGUCUUGCCCAGAACUGCCUUCAGAAGUUAUUAACAGACAGGACUCUGAUGUACUGAAAUCUCCAUCUAACAAUGCAUCAGAUAUGGCUGGAAAAUCUACUGGUUUCUGCCUAGCCCUUGAACAAAAUGAAGCCGAGGAAAAUGUUUCUAUUAGUGACAGCAUUUCUUGUUGCGACUGUGAGCCAGAUGUUUUCCAUCCGAAAGAUGCCGAAGAUUGUUCAGUACACGACUUUGUUAAGGAAAUCAUCGACAUGGCUUCAACAGCCCUAAAAUGUAAAUCUCAACCUGAAAAUGAGGUGGCUGCUCCCACUUCAUUAACUCAAAUCAAGGAGAAGGUGUUGGAACAUUCUCACCGGCCCAUCCAACUGAGAAAAGGCGACUUUUAUUCUUACUUAUCUCUCUCGUCUCAUGACAGCGAUUGUGGGGAGGUCACCAGUUACAUCGAAGAGAAGAGCAACACUCCGUUGCCACCGGACAUUACUGACUCUGGCUCAGAAGACAAGGAAGACCCCGAAUGCUUCUUUGAGGCCUGUGUUGAGGAGGACCCUGCUGAAGACAAGCCCUUUUUCUCCAGUACUCCUCCAGAUGACCCUGCACUUCCUGGAGCUCCAGGGCCACGCCAAGCAGCGGCAGGCUCUUCCAACUUCAGUGAUAUUUCACUCUUAGCUAAUGAUGCAGACAUGGUGGCUCGUUCAAGCCCUCCCCCUGCCAAAGAAUGUGAUGUUGGAAGAAAGGAAGUAGAUAGUUUACCCCAAGCUUCUGACGCCUGUGGAGAAAGCUCAGAGUUAACUACUCCUUCAAGGCCAGGCAAUGAAAAGGAGAGUUCAGGAAACCUGGGUGAGUCUGGAAUGACAGAAGAACACAAUGCUGCUUCAGCCAAAUCUAGAAUUCCAGGACUCUCCUCGAAGGCAAAGCAGCCAAAAGACAAGGCUGCAUUGCAUCCCAACCCCCAAACUGUAACCUGUGAAGAAAAUCUUCUAAACCUUCAUGAAGAACGACAUAGAAAUAUGCAUAGGUAGAAUGUAACCCUCUCCAAGCAUGAAAAUCAUCUCAUUGAAAGAUUAGCCUGGCUGCAACUCAGGGGUGGCCUCAUCCUUCUGCCCUGGGCUGGUCUCUGGUUCCAUCCUGUCACUGCCGUUUGUUACAUUGACCUCUCCCAAGAUGAGUCUUUCUUCUGAAUGCGGUUGUCCACAUGAGCCUUGUGAUCUGGAUGUGUGCGCUGGUUCUCUUUAGGUGAUUGUCUUUGAAGUUCAGCAAAGCUGCUUGUUCUCCCGUGGAUUCCUGUCCCAAGCUACCUCUACCAACCCCAUCUCUCUGGCGAGACUUUCAG